AUGAUACCCAGUAGAUGUUAUGAUCUCUUUCUUUUAAAUCAGAACACAUUACUGGUCGCUCUGCUGGUUCUUGCGGCCGCCGUCGACUCCAACUCACACUUUCUGCUGCCCAUCGACUGUGACGACAUCUACUGCCAUGACAACAGCAGCUCCAGUGGCGUUUACACCAUCUACCCAGGAGGCCCGACCACGCCCCUGCACGUCUACUGCGACAUGGACACCGACGGCGGGAGAUGGACUGUGUUUCACAGGAGGCUCGACGGGACUGAAAACUUCUACAGACCCUGGAAACACUAUAAGACUGGGUUUGGGAAUGUAGCAGGAGAAUAUUGGCUUGGCCUGGAGAAUAUCCACCUGCUGACUAUAAGGAAGGACAACGAGCUACGGGUCGACAUGGGGGACUGGGCGGGAAGCCGAGCCUCAUCUCAGCACUCGUCCUUCUCCGUCGACACCGAGUACACCGGCUACCAGCUUCACGUGGGCAGGUUCACGGGCGGGGAAGCAGGGAACGGUUUGUUGUAUCACAACUCCAUGAAGUUCACGACCUACGACAAAGACCAGGACACGUGGAGUGAAAACUGCGCUCACACGUAUCUCGGGGGAUUCUGGUACAAAAUGUGUUACUUUUCCAACCCCACCGGCAUGUAUGCACCUCCAGGUGCCAUCAAAUACCCACAAGCUCAUGUGGUUUGGCGCUCGUGGAGGGGCGACAACUACUCCCUGAAGACUAUUGACAUGAAGAUCAGAUCAGUCGUUAAGUGUUCAUGCACAAAUUAA